AUGUGUGCGGCGCUUGGUUUCCCUGAUCGCGGCUACAUGUAUCGACGUGCGAAGCCCUACGAAGACCCAUAUGCUAGCGGAAAUGAGAACCGCCGUCAGAACCGCAACAGGCUCUUUGCAGAGCUCCAGCAAAACCAACGGCACCCAUACGAACGCAUGUUCGGCGGCCAUCGGUCACCAACAGCGCACAUGGGGGGUAUAGGCAUGUUUAUGGGCCACGGGAUGGGACCUAUGCUAGGAGGGUUUGGGCCUAUGGGGAUGGGAAUGGGCAGAGGGACAGGAAGGGGAUGGGGACAUCACAACGCUUUCCUUGGCCGUCCACCCAUGAGCCAUCCCCACUAUCCACAUCACAACCAACCUCGCAGACUCUAUCCCGGCCUCGCCACCCACAGCCGGCAGACACCUCAUCGCUUUGGCGGUAGCCCACAAACACGCUUCAAUCCCAUGUCGCCAUACAGUCCAUUCGACGACGACGAUGACGACGACACCGACUACAGGUUCCCCAGAUACCCGAUGGGCGGGUACCGACAUCGCCCCAGUCCUGCAAGGUUCUUCAUGCCCCGCUACUACGACUCAGAUGAUGACUACGAAGGAGACGAAGACUAUGAUGACGAUUUCGAUGAUGACGACGAUGAGUUUGAUUAUCCGCCUGCUACAAGGCAGUACAGACCUUAUGCUUCGCGCUUCCGGUACUAG